CUACCUCUCUGCAAACAAACAACCUCUCUCUCUCUCUCUCUCUCUCUCUCUCAUCGACCCUUUUUGAAACUCUUUCUAUAGAGCUCAAACUUAGGGUUAUUUGAUAAUGGGUUGUAAUGGAUGCAAAGAUGAGUCUAGGGUAAAAAUGCAAAUUAGAAGAGAGAGGAGGAGGAGGAGGAUGGCAGUGGCGGCACGGGGAUCGGUGCAGAGGAGAGUGAAGAAGCUGCAGAGGUUGAUACCGGGCGGCCGCGGGUUGAAGCCGGACCGGCUUCUUCUUAGGACAGCUGACUACAUCUUGCAUUUGAGGUUGCAAGUUAAUGUGUUGCAAACUCUAUCUGAUAUUUACAAGCCAUGACAACACUCCUAGUAAUCUUUUCUUUUUCUUGUUGUACCUUUUUUCAAUAUAUAUAUAUUUAGAAUUUUAUUGUUUUCCAUAGUCUAUAUAUGACUAUGGCUGUGGUAUUUAUCAAAAUGUACGUCCUUUUUCUUUUCUUUUUUUUUCUCUGUAAGGUCUGUAAGAGCCAUAAUGGUAUCAUAACUCUUCAUUAAUGGUCUAUGUUUAGUAUUUUUUUUCUCCUAGAAGUGUAUUAUUUCUUCCUUA